AUGGCCACCAGCUCACAUACGAAUGGACAUACGGUUCCGAAGUUCGACGUUCUUAUCAUCGGAGGCGGCAUCGCAGGGCUAACAACCGCAAUUGCAUGCAACAGAAAAGGGUUCAAUGUCACCGUUCUGGAAGCAACGCAAUUUUACACCCAUGUCGGAGCAGGUAUCUUGUUGUCUGGCAACGCUGCUCAGGUCCUCAUAGACAUGGGCCUGCAGGACGAAAUGGAGGCCUGCUCAACGCACAUGAGACGCGUGGUGUUCAUGACGCACGAAGGCAAACCCAUGUCGAUACAGCAUUUCCCCAGCCGUGCGAGCUCCGCCGAGGGAGGACCGUUAUGGCAAGUCCACCGCGCUGACGUGCAUGGUCUCCUUCUCAAAAAGGCCCAAGAAGUUGGGGUUACGAUCAGGAUGGGCGUUUUGGCCAAGAGUUACGACUGGGACGUCCCUGCCGCGGUGCUCGAGGAUGGAAGUGUGAUCACUGCGGAUGUCAUAAUAGCGGCUGAUGGCUACAGAUCCCGUGCGCGAGAGAAUCUUCUCGGCAGACAAGACGAGCCCCGUCACCAUGGCUAUUCGGCGUACCGCGCUUUAAUUCCUGGCAAGAUUCUUGCUGAGUAUCCCGACCUCAAAGAUCUAGUCGAUCCCAAGCAACAGACGAGUCAUUGUUGGGUCGGACAAGGCCGUCACGUCCUGGGGUACCCCAUCCGAGGAGGACAAGACUACAACAUGGUGUACAACCAACCGACCAUCCGCGCCAUUGGGUCCAAAUACGUUGCCGACGUCGACCCAGCCGACAUUCAGGAGGAGUACAAAGAUUGGGAUCCACGCCUGGUGGCCUUGACAAAGCACUUGCCCAAAGACGGUGUUCUGGAAUGGCGCCUCUGUGACCUCCAUCCCCUGGAGAACUGGAUCUUCCCCGGCAGCAAGAUCGUUUUGAUAGGCGAUGCGUCGCAUGCCAUGCUUCCAUCGGCCGCACAGGGUGCGGCCAUGGGAAUCGAAGAUGGCGCGGCGAUCGCCGAGUUGCUCGCCAGGGCAGACUCGAAAACCGAUGUGCCUCGGAUUUUGAGGACGUUCCAGAACCUCAGGAGGAACCGGUGCAUCGAUGUGGUUGAAAAUGGUUCCAGGGACGCCCGCAGCUGGCACGACAAAGACGAUCCCAAGUACAAGCCCACAAGUAAUUGGGUAUGGGUGUAUGAUAUCAAAACAGCCGCCAGGGAGAUCCCCUUGUCAAAUGAGGCUUAA